AUGCGUUUGACAAUAGUUCUUAAUGACCGGCGGAUGGAAAGACAUAAGAAGCAUGAAGAUACGAAGUUGCUGGAGCUGUUCGGAGGUGUAUGGCAAGGAGCAAUCCAAUCGGUUCCUAAUCCAGAUGUAAAUGGCUUGGUUCGAUCGCAUGCGAAUGUGUUAAACUCUUGGAGCGAUGACUGGAAUUCGAUGACUGGACGCUUCGUCGGUAACUGA